CCUUUAACUCUUGUUCUUUCUCUCUCUCCUUCCCAUUUACAGAUCGGCGCACUGAAAGAUUACUAUCACUUUUACCAUAGCAGGACAAUUAAAAGGUCUGUUCUUUCAAGUCGAGGAACCCACAGCUUCAUUUCAAUGGAACCAAAGGUAGAGUGGAUACAGCAACAAGUGGUUAAAAAGAGGAUAAAGAGGGACUUUGAACUCACUGGUGCCCAGUCUACUUACUUCAAUGAUCCCAAGUGGCCAAGCAUGUGGUAUAUGCACUGCAGUGAUAACACUCACCCCUGUCAGUCAGAUAUGAAUAUUGAAGGGGCUUGGAAGAGAGGUUACACUGGAAGAGAUGUUGUGGUCACUAUCUUGGAUGACGGCAUUGAAAGGACUCAUCCAGAUCUGGUGAAGAACUACGAUUCUCAGGCAAGUUUCGAUGUGAAUGGGAAUGAUUUCGACCCAAUGCCUCGCUACGAUGCCAGCAAUGAGAACAAACAUGGGACCCGUUGUGCUGGAGAAGUGGCAGCUGCAGCAAACAACUCUCACUGCACAGUGGGGAUCGCAUUCAAUGCCAAGAUUGGAGGAGUGCGAAUGCUAGAUGGAGAUGUAACAGAUAUGGUUGAAGCAAAGUCAGUUGGCUUCAAUCCCCAAUAUGUGGCCAUCUACAGUGCUAGUUGGGGUCCAGAUGACGAUGGCAAAACAGUAGAUGGACCUGCUCCUCUAACUCGGCAAGCCUUUGAAACUGGUGUGAAACUGGGACGAAGAGGCCUUGGCUCUGUUUUCGUCUGGGCAUCUGGAAAUGGUGGAAGAAGCAAAGACCACUGCUCAUGUGAUGGGUACACCAAUAGCAUCUACACUAUCUCAAUAAGUAGUACCGCUGAAAGUGGGAAGAAACCCUGGUAUCUGGAAGAGUGUUCAUCUACGUUGGCCACAACAUAUAGCAGUGGAGAAUCCUAUGAUAAAAAAAUCAUCACCACAGAUCUAAGGCAACGUUGCACAGACAACCAUACAGGGACAUCAGCCUCGGCCCCCAUGGCUGCUGGCAUCAUCGCUCUGGCCCUGGAAGCCAAUCCGUUUCUGACCUGGAGAGAUGUGCAGCAUGUUAUUGUAAGGACUUCCCGUGCAGGACAUUUGAGCGCUAAUGACUGGAAAACCAAUGCUGCUGGUUUUAAGGUGAGUCAUCUCUACGGUUUUGGGCUGAUGGAUGCAGAAGCCAUGGUGAUGGAAGCAGAAAAGUGGAUCACUGUCCCCCAGCAGCACGUGUGUGUAGAGAGCACUGACCGGCAAAUCAAAACCAUUCGACCCAGCAGUGCUGUCCGCUCCAUUUACAAAGCUUCAGGUUGCUCCGACAACCCCCAUCACCAUGUGAACUACCUGGAGCAUGUGGUUGUGCGCAUCACCAUUACCCACCCUCGAAGGGGAGAUCUGGCCAUCUACCUGACCUCACCUUCAGGAACCAGGUCCCAGCUAUUAGCCAACAGGCUAUUUGAUCAUUCUAUGGAAGGAUUCAAAAACUGGGAGUUUAUGACUAUCCAUUGCUGGGGCGAAAAAGCAGCAGGUGACUGGGUACUGGAAGUUUAUGAUACCCCAUCUCAGCUGAGGAACUUCAAGACCCCAGGCAAAUUGAAAGAAUGGUCUUUGGUGCUCUAUGGAACAUCCAUUCAGCCCUACUCUCCAACAAAUGACUUUCCCCGAGUGGAACGCGUUCGCUCUAGUCGAGUGGAGGACCCUACAGAAGACUAUGUUACAGAUGAUUAUGCAGGGCCUUGUGACCCUGAGUGCAGUAAAGUAGGAUGUGAUGGGCCAGGACCAGACCACUGCAAUGACUGUCUGCACUAUUACUACAAGCUGAAAAACAAUACAAGAAUCUGUGUUUCAAGCUGUCCCCCGGGUCACUACCACGCAGAUAAGAAGCGCUGUAGGAAAUGUGCCCCAAGUUGUGAGUCCUGUAUGGGAAGCCAUAGUAACCAAUGUCUGUCUUGCAAAUAUGGCUACUUCCUUAAUGAAGAAACCAAUGCUUGUGUCACCACCUGCCCAGAUGGAUUUUACCAGGAUAUGAUUAAAAACCUUUGUCGGAAAUGCAGUGAAAACUGUAAGACCUGUACUGAUUCUCAGAACUGCACUGAAUGCAGACAUGGCUUAAGCCUACAUGGAUCCAGAUGUACAGUCACCUGUGAAGAUGGGAAAUACUACAGUGGAAAGGACUGUGAGCCAUGCCAUCGCUUCUGUGCUACCUGUGCAGGGGCAGGAGCCGAUACAUGCAUUACCUGCAGUGAGGGCUACUUCAUGGAAGAUGGGAAAUGUGUGCAGAGCUGCAGUAACAGUUAUUAUUUUGACCAUUCCUUAGAGAGUGGCUACAAAUCCUGCAAAAGAUGUGCUGCCAGCUGUCUGGCCUGCAGUGGUCCUGGAGACAGAAACUGUACCAGUUGCCCUAGUAAUUAUCUCUUAGAUACAGGGGCCUGCAUCCUUGGAGCAAUCUGUAAGGAUGGGGAGUACAUGGAUGACUUGGGCCACUGCCUACGCUGUGAAGCCUCUUGUUCCACAUGCCGGGGUCCAGCUCGAGAGCACUGCACUAGCUGCCCCAUAACAAGGUUUUUGGACAAUGGCCACUGUGUCCUGACCUGUCCCUCAGGGAAAUUUGAAUUUCAGAACCAAUGCCAUCCAUGUCACCACUCUUGCCAAGAAUGCCAAGGAAGUGAGCCCUCCAACUGUACCUCUUGUGGCACAGACAAGCUUGGGAAGGAACGCUUCCUGUACAUGGGUGAAUGUCGAGAAGGCUGCCCCAGUGGAUACCACCAUUCUGAUAACACCUGCCUACCCUGCCCUGAGAACUGUGCACUCUGCAGCAGCUCCUCUUACUGUACUCGAUGUGUGCAAGGAUACUACAUCUUACCCUUGAACAACACCUGCCAGAAGUUAGAAUGCAGAGAAGGGGAAGUGAAAGAUCCAGACUAUGAAGACUGCAUGCCUUGUGAAGAAGGAUGCCUGGGCUGCAGCUUGGAUAAUCCAGGAACCUGCACAUCCUGCGCUACCGGGUAUUACAUGUUCAAGCAGCACUGCUAUACAACUUGUCCUGAGAAGACCUAUAGUGAAGAGUUUGAAUGUAAAGAGUGUGGCGAAAAUUGUGGGAACUGUGACCAGAAUGAGUGCUACUGGUGUGAAGAGGGUUUUUAUCUUUUCGAUGGCAUUUGUGUCAGGGAGUGUGACCCUGGUUUGUACAGUGACAAUGAAAUAGGAGAAUGUGAGCCGUGUCACCAAACCUGCAAAACCUGCACUGGACUUGGCUAUGAUGAGUGUACCAGCUGCAAAGGAGAUUUACAGCUGGUAGAUGGGAAGUGUGUGGAUCCAUCCAAGACCCCAGGACAGGACACAUUGUGGAGCGGUAACUGGAGACAACAUCAGUCUUGUGAUCCUUCUUGUAAAACCUGUAAUGAAUCAGCCGCUAUGUGCACUUCCUGUCCGAAAGGAACCUAUAUUUUCUCUCAGUCCUGCGUCCCUUCCUGUCCCCAAGGAACCUGGCCCUCAGUGACAAGUGGGAGAUGUGAGAAAUGCACAGAGGACUGUGAGUACUGCUCUGCCAUGAAUAUCUGCCAGAAGUGUCUAUCUCAACCAGCCCACCCACUCUACCUGCACCUUGGCAGGUGCUACACACACUGCCCUGAGAGCUUUUAUGCAGAAAAUGGAACUUGCAAAGCCUGUAAUGUAACUUGCAAAACCUGUGAAGGAAAUGCCACCAAUUGCUACUCGUGUGAAAGAGACUUGGUCUUGACCCAAGGCACAUGCCGGGAAUCCUGCCCCAAGAGGCACGUUGCUAUGGAUGGAAUAUGUAGGCACUGUCCAGAAAUGUGUCAAGAAUGUCUGCAUGAGAAAACAUGUAAAGAAUGCAUUCCUCCUUUCCUCUUGCAUGAUGAGAUAUGCCUCCAGAACUGCCCCCCUGGCUUCUAUGAGGAUUUCUACAAAUGCUCCCCUUGCAGUGAGAGCUGUGUGGCAUGCAAUGGCCCCGACGAUGAUGACUGUAUACUCUGCCCCGAUCCCUUGGUCCACUAUGAUGGACAAUGCCUGGAGGAAUGUCCACAUGGGACUUACUAUGAAAAGGCUUCAAAAGACUGCAAAGAAUGCCACGAGACCUGUAAGACUUGCACUUCUUGGAGAUGCACCUCCUGUAAAGAAGGCAUGAAGCUGACAUGGCUGGGAUCCUGUGUGGCCCACAAAGACUGCAGCCCUUCUGAGUACAAGGAUGAGAAGACUCAAGACUGUAAUCCUUGUCACAUGAAAUGCUUUCACUGUACUGGACCUGCUGAAAAUGAGUGCCUCAGCUGCCCCAGUGAUGGUUUUCUUCUCAAUACAACUUGCAUCGACAGGUGCCCUGAUGGCUACUUUACAGAUACAGAGAAUCGACAGUGUUCUCCCUGUCAUAGCUCUUGUGAGACAUGUGAAGGGAAGCAUAGCACCCAAUGUCAAUCCUGCCAUCCAGGCUGGUUCCGGCAGGGAAACAAAUGUCUGCUGGAAUGUGAGGAAGGAUAUUAUGCAAAUAAUUCCAGUGGACUAUGUGAAAAAUGCAAUCAGGACUGCAGGAAGUGUUGGGGCCCUCACUCAACAAACUGCCUGUCAUGCCAUAAGUAUUUCUUCCUGCUCCACUCUAAAGGAGAAUGUCAUCGCAGCUGCCCUGAACACUACUACAUGGAAAACAAGACACAAACCUGUGAGAGAUGUCACCCAACCUGUAAUGAGUGCGAAGGAAAGGGAGCUUUGCACUGCUUAUCCUGCAUGUGGAGUUACCAUCUCUUGGGAGGAAUCUGCAGCUCUGAUUGUCUUGCUGGAGAAUACAGAGUCGGAGAGGGAGAAAAUUUUCAAUGUGAUAAAUGCCAUGAGAGCUGUAUUGAGUGUAAGGGCCCAGGCCCUCAAAACUGCACUGUGUGCCCAGCUAAUAAGCUGCUAUAUGUAGAUGAUGGCCGUUGCAUACACUGCUGUAACAGCCCAGAUUCCAGAGAUGAUCAGGAUUGCUGUGACUGCCAAGAGACCACAGAGGAGUGCAGCUUUCGACAUAGUGAGAUUAUGCCCAAGACUGAGAAGAUGAAGAAGACAGGACUGUUCAUCACUUCUUCCAUCAUGCUGGUCCUCCUUUUUGGGGUCACCAUCUAUGUCUGGAAGAGGUCCCGGGCCAAAUCUCAGAAGGCACAGAAGGCUGGAUAUGAGAAACUGUCUGACCAAAACAAGACUUUCUCCUCCUAUAAAAGUAGCUAUCGAGAGAGCACUAAUUUCCAGGAGGACCAAGUUAUUGAAUACAGAGACCGGGACUAUGAUGAAGAUGAAGAUGAUGAUAUCGUCUAUAUGGGUCAGGAUGGCACAGUUUAUCGGAAAUUUAAGUAUGGUCUUCUGGAUGAUGAUGAUGAAGAGGAGUUGGAAUAUGAUGAUGAAAGCUACUCAUUUAAGUAAAUUUGAGUACAUUGAUAGGAUUUUAUUUUGAUAUUUAAUAUUGAUUAUUAAUUUGGGGGAGUAUUUUAUUGCUGAUAAACACAACUACCACUUUGUGGACAUACUCAACUGUUUUUCUAUUCCUCUGGGUAUCUGAGCUCAGGUCUCAAUCCAUAUUUAUUUGGAAUCCAAGAAAAAGGCAAAGAUUCAUAAGUCUCUCCCCUAGGCAAUACAUCAAGGCAAAGUCACUCAUACUCCAGUAAUAGCCCAGAGUAAAAAUAAACAAGUUUUCUAUAAGUUUGCAUGUAAUCAAACCUCCCCAUAGACCUCUCUCAUUUCCACAAAUCACAAAGGAGUUGGGAGAGACUUCUGAAGACUUCUUUGGACUAUAUUAGUAAUUUUCCUGGUUUUUGUUUUUUGUUUUUACUAUUUACUUUUAGUUUUGUCCCAACAUCAAACUCUGAAAAUUUAAAAAGAAGUCAUCCCCUCUUCUCAUCACAGACCCUUUUACACACACACACACACACACACAUGCACACAAAUGCACAUGUACACACAGAGGUUGGCAUUUGACACAUUCUUCAAUGGUCAAAGUAGAUCUGCUGCUGACGUUAUAUCAACUAUUGCUUAUGUUCCCCCAGGUCUUAGAGAAGCAAUAGGGAAAACAAUAGACACUUUUCUAGGUUUAAAAGUCCUUUGAAAUCCUAUAGGCUGACAAUAACUUUUAGAGUGCCCAAAUGGCUGGGUGUGAGGCAGGCAGUAAUGAGCAAAGGCAGAAUAAAACCAUGAGUUUUCUAAGAAGCACUACACAACUGUCUCCCUUUUAUGUGUGUGGUUGUUUUCUCCAAGAACCCAAGACUCUCUAUUCUGGAGAACCAAAUAGCUGUAUCAAGAAAUAGAUGAUAAUUGGCAAUGCCAACCCUCAAACAGAUGUGAUUUUUUAAAGAUAUCCUUUCUCCUCCAAACAGCUUUAGCUACAAAAUCAGGGAAGCUUUUCAAAACAGCCUUUUAGCUCUGCUGACUUUUCAGAGAGCAAUUGGAAAUAGAGUCUAAGGGUAAAGGAAAGAACCCGCAUUUGACUUCUUAGACUACAAAUUGUCUCUUCUCUCUCUCACUCAACAAUUUCUUGCAAGACUUUUUUUUCUAUAGCAUUCCACACUUACAUCAAGUAUAUUUGGACCCAAAUUUUAAAAAGGGAAGACUUUCCUGAAGCAAGAAGGAAGUGGAGAAAGACUCUUUCUAUACAAAAUAAUCAAAGCAGAUUCCUUUUUAUUUGUUGGUUUGUUUUGAAAAAAGUCCUCUGCCAAACUAGCAGUCUACACACAAACUUUGAAUGGGGUCAACACUCAGCUUCAGAAAUGACAAUAGCAUUGGCAGCUGGGUAGCUUGUUGGAUUGAGAGCCAGGCCUAGAGAUGAGAGAUCCUAGGUUCAAAUCUGGCCUCAGACACUUCCCAGCUGUGUGACCUUGGGCAAGUCACUUAACCCCCAUUGCCUAGCCCUUACCACUCUAGUGGUAUAAUAUAUAGUAUUGAUUCUAAGGCAGAAGGUGAGGGUUUAAAAAAAGAAAUGGCGAUAAUGAUUAUAAUUAAUCUUCCCAUCACUUAGUUCCCCUAAGAAAAACUUCACUCCAAACAUAGUGGCCGGAACUAGAUGGUACUGCUGUUUUUUUUCUCAUUAGAAGGGGGAAAUCCCAGGGGUUGAGGCAGGGACAAGAAUAUCAGAAAGUGGAUGAACCAUUUCUGGAUAAUCUGAAACUUAUGUGCAUUAGGGUGGAAGCAGAAGGUGUGUGUGUGAGGGAAAUCGUAUAUAGUGAAAUACGUCUAUCCAUGGAUUUUUCCUCCCCCUUGUGACUUUUUUUUUCAUAUCAUCAGUAUUUUUGUUACUUGAAUUGUCUUUCUUUGAAGCAAUCAUCUUUUUCUUAAAUGAAAGUAUAACUACCUACAUUAAUGGUGAAAUGUUCUUUCUUGGAACUCCUGUGUCCCUUUAAUAGAACCUUUGAUUUAAAAACUAACUUUAAAGUCUACAUCAGUGUUUUAAUCUUUUUGUGUUGAUAAACCCCUUUUGCAUCUCAGGGAAGUCUAUAUACCCUUUUCCAACAUAAUGUUUUUAAAUGAAUAAAAUAAAAUAUGUAGGAUUACAAAGGAAAUCAAUUAUAUAAAAAUAAUUAUUAAACUUUUUUUUUAAGUUCAUAAGGCCAGCUAAGUGGCUCAGUGGAUAGGGUGCUAGGCCUGGAGUCAAGAGAACCUAAGUUCAAAUCUGCCCUCAGACAUUUCCUGGCUGUGUGACCCUGGGCAAGUCACUUAACCUUAAUUACCUCAACCUUGUUGCUGCUCUGUCUUAGAAUUGAUGCUAAGACAGAAGGUAAGAGUUGUUUUGUUUUGUUUUUCUUAAACAAAACAACAGCAAUUUCAUGGUCUCAGAGUUUAGUCUUCAGCUAUUUACACACACACACACACAUACACACACACACACACACAAUUUGCAAAUACAGAAUCAUGUAUCAACUGAAAUUGUUUGAACAUUGGAGGGGGAGGAAGGGGAAAAUCACACCUGCAAUUUCAUUUGUAUAAGGAUUUCAAAUGAGCAAAUUUCCUCUAUCAAUGAGGAUCAAUACUUGAUUUACAACUUUUAUUCUUAGACAAGUUGUCUGUGGCACUAAGAGAUCAAGUGACUUUUCCAGGGUCUCAUGGGCAGUAUAUGGCAGAGGCAGGACUUCAACAAAGGUUUUCCUGAUGUCAAAGCCAACUCCCUAUCCUUUGGGCCAUCCUAGGUCUUCCAUUACAAGAAAUCUUUUCUAAUUGUACUUCUUCUCAUUUAAAUAUAAGAGAAUGUAAACAAAUCAGUCACUCAGCGAGGGAGGAUUACUCCCCAUUUAUUGUAAACCCCUCAUAGACCAUACAACCUUGCUGAUAUUGUUGAUAUAGAGUGUCUCUUGUUCUUGAUAUUCUCAAAGCACUAAUAGAUGAGAUCUUGACACUCCUCUCAGCCACCCAACUAGUCUUUUCUCAUGUGGAAUGGACUAUUAUUUAUGAUACAUUGUUUAAAAUUAAGUCUGAUCCUUGAAAUCUAAGAACAGGUUGUUGCUGUAACUUGCAAUGAGGAAAAUUCCGUUUGUAUCUGCUGUUGAUGCUUAAUUAAUGUCUCUCUUCGUUAUCAUAAAUGUAUUAAUGUUUAGGUUUACUUGUAACAAUGUACAAACAAGUGUUUAAUAGAUAAAUACACAUUGUGGGGGAAAUAAACUUUUUUUUUGUUUUCUGUUUGCAAAUGCUUUGGUAACUUUCUGAUAAAUCGGUGAGCCCUGGGAAUACACCAAGAGGUUAGAUAAUAUAUUGAAAGCUUCAAGAUAAUGAUAAAUGUGAGGAUAGGAAGAAAAAAAAAGCUGGACAACAAA